ACCUUUCCUUGAUCAUUGCCUAAAUUAAAGCUAGCUGAGUUUCUCUGAAAAUAGUUUGUCUUCUCUCAUAAAUAAUAGAGCAGAUAGAGGGAAGAAAAACAUGGCUCUAAGAUGGUUUGUUCAUUCAGCAUGCCAUGUUUUGGGGUACCUAAAGGACGACCACCCUAAUCACUUGCAGCACUGCAACAACAUGGAAAGCUACCAAAAAGAAGGACAUAGCGGUGGAGUCAUUCGGAGCUCAAAGGUCUCCAACGGUGAGCAGGUGUCGACCCAGACUGCAGAAAUGCAUCUCUCGGGGUUCCAAAUGCCUCUCCACUACCCUCGCUACACAAAAGCUGAUUACGAGAAGAUGGAGGAGUGGAAGUUGGACAUGCUUCUGAGGGAAUAUGGGCUAAGUUUCAGGGGCAACCUCGAUGAGAAGAGAGCAUAUGCAAUGGGGGCAUUCUUGUGGCCUGAUCAGUAUUGAUCUUACUUCCUGCUCAAAACUUGGCAGAUAAACAUAUUCGGUGUUUGCAGGGUUGAGAAUCUUGAGCUAGCUCCAUCCAUAAAUUAUAUAUCAAGCUGCUGUAGCUGCAUGCAGUUAAUAUCUUUAUUAGUGUUAACAUAUUUGUGUCUGGUGGGGUCUUGUCAU